AUGCGAUUGAAACCGCAAAUCGGCAAUAAUAUGCCAGUCAUUGCAAUCGACAAAGAUUGGCUUCAAUCAUUGAAGCUCAAUCCUAGCUCGAAUGCCGACGACCUCGUUGAUCCCAAAGCCAUCUUCUACCGCCCUCUUUAUAGCCUCCCGACCUACGAGAUUACUUCUGAUUACUGGGUCAAGUCCUACGCUGCCUUAGGCAAGGAACGCGACGGACCUUGGACCGUCCCUCUCGCCGGCAUCUGGGACCGCUCCUGGUCCGAUCUCGGUCAUCCCUUACUCGACCAAGUCAAGCCACAAGAAGCUUUCACAGCCCAGCAAAAGACGUUCAUCAACUCCCUCACUACCACCCUCACCUUCCUGCAAUCGCCCUACUCCGCAAUUGAGGAAUUUGCGACCGCGCACGUCCAUAGUAACCGCUUCGCAGCCAUCAAUACUGGACAUUCCCAACGAAGAAUGCGGCUCUCUCAGCCACCAAGCCUCAUCUCCCUUCUUUUCACCCUCCUCUCCACAACUCACAUAUCAGAAUGUCGACCGAAGAUAACAGACCAACUCAAGGAACUGCUCGAGUCAAGAUAUCACUACCUCACAGAACGUGAUUGCACACCAUGUGGUUGGGCACCACAGGGAGGGACUGCCCCACUCUGCUGCGCUGCAGGGCAAACAUGCAGUACCAAUCAAUUGAAUCAAGCCGUAUGCAAUGACGGAGGUGGAGGAGGAACCGGCAACAACAUUCAAGCACAGCAACAAAGUCCCUCACAAGUUCAAGAUGCAGCAGGAUGGGAAUUCUUUACCACCACAACUGUCGGGACUGGCUAUGUCACAAGCACCAUCACUUACAGCUCGUACUUCGGUGCCGCAACCUCAGCAGCCGCGCAAACAUCAUGCAGCGGCCAGAUGGGAGAGACACCGUGUGGAGGAAUGUGCUGCGCAACCGGGACAUACUGUGUCUACGCUGGCAAAUGCGCCGCGAGUAACGGUGGUGGCGACAGCAGUAGCUCUGUGCUCGGCCAGAUCUUUACGCCAGCAGCUACUCAAUCAGCCCCAUCGCGACCGACAAGCAACACUGCAACAACCGUCACGUCAACUGGGUCCGCGACGACUACCGUACCGUUCUCAACCGCGACCUCAGCGACAGCCACGGCAGCAGGAAGCUCGGACGGGAUGACUUCAUCCAGCAAUAACGGCCUCAGCCCUGGUGCGAUCGCGGGUAUCGUCAUUGGCGUUAUCGCUGCCAUCAUAUUUCUGCUCUUAUUGAUACUCUGUUGCUGUGCUGGUGCCGGAUUGGAUGCAUGUCUCACUUUCUUUGGUCUCCGCAACAGGAGGCGGAAGACAGAGACUACGGUCAUCGAAGAGCACCGACAUCAUCAUGGUGCUAGUGGCGGACGGAGAAGGUGGUUUGGACUGGCCCCGGCGAGAGCCGAUACCGUCACUGUCAAGAAGAAGAAGAGUGGCGGAUUCUGGGGUCCGACUGCCGUGGUGGGAGGGCUGACCACCCUGGCAGUGGUGCUUGGAUUGAAGAGGAGAAGAGAUAAGAAAACCGAGAAGAGUGAUUAUGGAGCUGGUAGUAGCUAUUACUCUGACUAUUCAUAUGACUACAGUGAGUCUACCAAGUAG